AUGCCAAGGAGUACAAACAUCGUGCUAAUAGAAGGGAAAGCGCUCAUUCAGAGCAUUUGGCGGAGCGGGAUCGACUGGGACGACGUCAUCCUGGAAAAGGACGAGGUGGCGUGGAAACGCUAUAUGGAGAACCUUCGCAUGUUGCAAGGCCUCCGAAUAGCAAGAUGCUUCUCGUACUGUAACACUGAGGGGGAGCUGCACACGUUCACCGACGCCAGCGAGAAGGCCUACGCGUGUGCAGUCUAUUGGCGUCAGAGGACAGACGAGAGCACCUACCGCGUCACGCUUCUAGCAGGGAAAGCCAGGGUGACCCCACUGAGACCAGUCUCUAUCCCAAGGCUGGAGCUGCAAGCUGCACUGCUGGGGACAAGGAUGGCGCAGGCGAUAGCGAACGAAUUGGACAUCGCGGCGGCAGAAGGACCAGACGACGCAACUAGAGAGGCGCCGGCGGAUUUCGACCACACGCAUCGGUGGUUUAAUGGACCCGAGUUCCUGACGUGGGAUGAAUCGCGCUGGCCCAAGCCGCGAACAUUCAAGCAAGAACCGUCUGGAGAAGAGAAAGAGGCCUUCCUGGUCGCCACGGCGAGGACCGCUGACGCUAGACCCACGCCCGAUCCGCACAGAUUCUCGAGCUGGGUCAAGUUAUUGAGAGCAACAGCCAGGGUCCUCCAAUUUAUCGAGCUGUGUCGACCCCGGAAGGAGAGCGCCUGCGUGUCCAGACAAUUGGAGCAGCAAGAUCCCACGUGGAGGACGACGCGAGCGAAGCAGCCCCGAUCAACAUGGAAGAUAAGGACUCCAGAAGCACCUACAGAAGCGUGGCUGCCACUCGAUCCGCCCCACUUGAAGAAGGCGGAGAAGAUCCUACUGAGAAGCAGCCAAGGAGAGAGCUUCGGUGAAAAAGAUCCCGAACGUCACCCCAAGUUGCGACGGCUCGACGUCGUGAUGGAAGAUGGCCUGGUGCGCCUUCGCGGACGUAUCGACGCAGCGCAAUACAUAGAUGCAGGCUGCAAGCGACCGAUCGUGCUGGACGGAAAGCACGUGAUAGCGAGAUUAUUGAUCAAACACUAUCACGAGGCGUUCCAGCACGGUAACCACGCAACGGUGAUGAACGAGGUGCGGCAGCGCUACUGGAUCCUAGGUCUAAGAUCGAUCAUUCGAGCGACGGCCGUCCGAUGCCAGUGGUGCAAGGUCUAUCGGAGUACACCACGCCUACCGCCCACCGGAAACCUGCCGAUAGAGCGGCUACGACAUGGAGAGCCGCCGUUCACCUGUGCUGCCGUCGAUUACUUCGGGCCGAUGACGGUGACUGUAGGACGACGUCACGAGAAGAGGUGGGGCGUGCUGUUCACAUGCCUCACCACGAGAGCAGUUCACAUGGAGCUAGCAGCGUCACUGACGGCAGACUCAAUGCUGUUAGCGCUGCGCAGGAUGGCCGCCCGGCGAGGAACGCCCAAAGUCAUUUACAGCGACAAUGGGACUAACUUCGUCGGCGCUAACAAGGAGCUCAAGCAGGCGAUCGAGAACGCGAGGGAAACAGACGUCGUGUCACGGGCCGCUCAGAUGAACAUAAAAUGGAAGUUCAUCCCGCCAGGAGCGCCGAAUAUGGGAGGCGCGUGGGAACGCUUGGUGCGGUCCGUGAAGACCGCGCUGGCGGUCACACUGAAGGAAAGACACCCGAGGGAAGAAGUUCUGCACACUCUUCUGUUGGAGGCAGAGCACGUCAUCAACUCGCGACCGCUCGUCGCCAGGGAAGAGAGUUGGGAGUCAGAAGCACUCACGCCGAACCACUUCCUCAUAGGGAGGUCUUGCGGAGCUCCAAGCAUCGGCGACUACACAGACGAAGACCUGACCGGCAAAAGGACAUGGAGAGUGGCGCAGCGUAUGGCGGACCACUUCUGGAGUAGGUGGGUCAAGGAAUACCUGCCUACGCUGCUGCCCAGGAAGAUCGACGGGAGAGCAGCUGGCGAGGACUUGCAGUGUGGGGAUACCGUCCUCAUAGUGGACUCCACGCUGCCACGCAACACAUGGCCGCGCGGGCAAGUUGUCCAUACCUACCCAGGCCCCGACAACCGUGUACGAACUGUCGACGUCAGAACGAGCGGCGGCCUGCUUAAGAGACCUGCCUCCAAGAUGAUCCUGCUGGUGCCUGCAACGAGCGACGAGCCCACGCCCAUAGAGUCGCCACGACAAGGAGUCGGUGCUACGCACGAGGGGGAGGAUGUAACUAAUUGGGCGGAUAUGAGUUUGUUGAGAGUAUAA